GGAAUCAAGCACCCUGUGCAUAUAAUUGGAGGCACCGAACAAUACUUGUGGGUCUUGACAAUGGCACCGAACAACUUUAUGGACUCUCUGAGCACUUCUUUUACUCUGUGGAUGUACAUUUCCAAUGUGGUUAACAACGUUCGCCCAUCCUUACGACUAGGAGCUUUGCUUUGUCUGACUUUAGCGCACAACAUCUUUUGGGUCUACACAAAUUACCCUAGUUACGACCUUGGUGACCACGAGAAUCUCAAAUGCAUUAAGGUGAG